AUGUCCGAAUCCAAGGAUGAUCCCACAUCUUCUUCCAAAGACGAGGGCGCCACACCCGCCGCGCCGCAACAGUUACCGCCGUCCUUCCCAGGCGAGGAGAUGGCCCGCCCCGCCAUCGAGGCCGCCCGCGACGCCGCCCGCCUGCAGUCCACAGCCGACCUGCUCCGGCAGCAGGCCUCGCGCAUCACCGACCCGGCCGAGCGGGAGCGCCUCUGGCGCGCCGCCUACGACAAGGAAGUCGAGGCGCACGGCCAGAGCAAGAAGGCGCGCGCCAUGGCCAGCGGGUGGGGCCAGGGCGCCGGGGCCGGGGCCGCGCUGUCCGGCGCCGUCGGCAUGGGGCUGGGCAACCUGGUCGGCGUGCUGCUGAGCGGCGUCGUCGCCGUUCCCGGGGUGCUGGUUGGCAGUGGCGUUGGUGCGCUGCACGGGCCUUGGUAUAAGAUUACUGGAGGGAAGAAGGGCGCCGGUAAGGAGGGAGACGGAGGUGGGGAGAAGGGGGGAAAAGACGAGGGGGAGAGCGGUGGCGGCGGUAGUGGCAGUGAUGCCAAGGGUAAGGAUGAAGAGGGGGACUUUUCGGACGAGGAGGAGCACAGAGCUAUCGUGGAGGCCGUGAGGAAGGCUGAGGGUGGGGAGAAGGGAUCUUAA